CAGUUCCAGCUAGAACCGACACUCUCCAAUCUCUGUCCAGUAAAAACACGCUCGCUGCCCGUUACCGCUCAGACCUCAGCCUGCUCGUUGUCUCGCGGGGUGUGUGAAGGCACGAUAACAUGGUUUUCGGGGGUUUGUCCGCAGUAGCAGCUACAGCGCAGUAGGCUUGACAGUGUGAAGAGCAGCCAGUCGGAAGCCUGCUAUUCGCAACCGGGGAACGCAGACAAAAUCCAGACAGCAUCUCUUCAUCUCUAAACGUCUCCUUCGUCGCACGCUCAUAUACCAAGAGCAAGGAACUCUGUUGAAUCGGAUCUGAGAAGCAGCCUGGCUGGUGUAGUCCCUGCUGUAGUCGCUGCUGUUGUCGAGGAGACCAGGUGUCGAGUCGCCGCGUUGCCAUGGGGAAACAGAACAGCAAGCUGCGGCCGGAGAUGCUGCAGGACCUCCGGGAGAACACCGAGUUCUCUGAUCAUGAGCUCCAGGAGUGGUACAAGGGCUUCCUGAAGGACUGUCCCAGCGGCAACCUCAACGUAGAGGAGUUCAAGAAGAUCUACGCCAACUUCUUCCCCUACGGCGACGCCUCCAAGUUUGCCGAGCACGUGUUCCGCACGUUCGACACCAACAACGACGGCACCAUCGACUUCCGGGAGUUCAUCAUCGCUCUGAGCGUGACGUCGCGGGGAAAGCUGGAGCAGAAGCUCAAGUGGGCCUUCAGCAUGUACGACCUGGACGGCAACGGCUACAUCAGCCGCGACGAGAUGCUGGAGAUUGUACAGUGGUGGGGGGUGAAGGUUGUGAGGCCCUCGAGCCGGACGAGACUGCUGGGGUUUUGA